UUAACCAAUCACUGAGCACUGUGCUUGAGACGCGGAAAUGCAAUGGCGGACAGGAUGAAGUUGAAUGACGAAAACGGUGUGUGCGAUAAACAAAGGGGAAAUGUUGCCAUAACGUCUUCUUGCAAGGAAAUAUCAAGCUACAGAGACAGUAUGUUAAUUCUUUUGAAUCUGCUCACAGACUUCGGGAGUGAGCUGAAAUUGGGUGAAGCUGCACUGAAAAUCAGCGCCAGUUUAGACGCAGUGGAUGUGGCAUCUCUUCAACCUACUCGUCAUGUGUUCACCUGUCUUCAGCAACACAUCUCCAAACUACAGUCAGUUUCAGACAACCUGAGGGUCCUGGUGGAGGCAGAAGACCAGUCCUCGUCUUCAAAGAGCAACAAGGAUGAAACCACUAGCACACUCUCUUCUGAUGAGAUGACCAUAGACUCGCCACCCAUUCUACCUGCAGCUCAGCCAACCCGGCCAGAGGUAGAGGAGGAGGGCAAGUUGCAGGUUGAUGACCUCAGCAUUCAGAUCAGAGCCAACAAAUCCGAGAUUGAUAGGAGGAUAUCUGCAUUUAUAGAGCGAAAGCAGCUGGAGAUCAAUGAAAACAACGUGAGGGAGUUCUGCAACGUGAUCGACUGCAAUCAGGAAGACAGCUGUGCCAGAACAGAUGCAGUAUUCACACCCUACCCAGGCUUCAAAAGUCAUGUUAAAGUGACUCGUGUGGUGAACACCUACGGGCCUCAGACUCGUAGAGGGGGAGGGUUAGGAGGAGGCGCCUUGGGGGAGGCUGAGGAGCAGCAGAGGGCCAUGGUGUCUAGAGACUGUGGGAAUCCAGCCAUAGAGGAACGCCUGCACAACAUCGAGACACACCUAAAGCUCCCAACAGAGGGUCCAGUGCCUUUAAGUGUGUACCAGAGGCUGAAGAAGCUUGAAGAUCGGAUCCUGGAGUUGGAGGGACUUUCCCCGGAGUACUUCCAGUCUAGUUACCUACACAAGCGACCAAAGACAUCAAUCUCUCAGGUCUGCAGUCUGUCGGAGCUGGAUGUGAAGAUCAGUGCUGUCAAAGCGGCCUUGCUGAAGAGGAUGGGGGAAUUUGGGCCGGUAGAGUACGACACCGAGUGUCCACUCUGACCCCCAAACUUUUGACCUAUGACCUUCACACGUACCCACCAUUAUGGGCAACAGACUAGAGGAACAAAUGAGAGACUUUAACCUUGAGGUGUAGAUAUCCACCCUUACACACGGCUGAAUGCUGCUUCAGUUUUAUUGAGUAAAAUGUGUGGGGGGGGCAGCCAUAUUGGUCAGGGAGAAAUCCAAACCAGUCUAAUCGGAAUGAAUGGCAGUAGAGGCGCAAUACGGAUUUUUACUUAUUCAGGGAAAUAAAACGAAUGCAUGUGAUAUAUCAGAAAUUGUUUAAUACAAUUAUCAACUGAAAAUAUUGUCAUAUAAUUAUAAAUACAGUUUUAUACCAAUUGAAGGAUACCAUAAAUGUCUAAAUUGAUGUUUUCUUGGAAAGCUGCGAGUGCUAUUAUAUGAUACAAUGUCAGUACUUGUUGCAUUUACAACUUGUCUAAGUCCUAUCAUCAGCUGAUUUCAACCAGUGUGUGGCUGUGGAUUGACUGCAUUGUCUAAUGGAAUGUUGGGAUAUUGGCCGUUUUUAAUUAAUUAGAAAAUGAAUGAAAUAAUUCCCCUAAAACUGUCUGGCUAGCUAGCUGACCAACAUCGCAAAUAAAUUCUUUGAAUUAAUAUUUUAUGAAUCACAGCACUGACUAACCAUGGUUGACCAACUCCCUGACCAAGAUGGCUGACCUUUAUCCCAUCAUAAGAAGGUUCUUGUCCAUUCUGGUAUUCUAUUCCUAAUUCUAUGUGUCCUGAGCUGAAGGUCUUGGUUUUCAACCUUCGGGUUGAAAUGUUGCACUCCAUGAAACUACUGGAGAAUUCAAGUGUGUGUGUGUGUGUGGGUAGGUAUCUAUCUUUCUAGCAUGAUGUGGCUCUGCGGCUCCCGUGUUUUUCGGGAUCUAUAGUCUGCCCCACUCAAAGUUCCGGAACUUCCUGAAGCUUCUGUGCAUGUAUAUAUUCUCUACUUUACGCACAGAGAACAGGCUACUCGGGUGAAUGGUGCUCGUUUAAUAAAGUUAGAUCAAAGCUGAAACCGUGUCGGCAAGAUCGCAUAAUGAUAAUAUUCGACAUAGAGUUUGAUAUAAUAGCGUAGUCUAACAUUACUGUAAGACAAAAAAUGGGGAUAUGCAUAUAGAUCUCGAGUUAUAGUGUUUUUUCAAAGUAGUCUACAGUGUUUUGAAUGAUGUACAGUGAAUUCAUUUUAGAGCAGACGGAGUAAACAAACUAGCAUAGCCCAUCUGUGUAUUUUGCCCAGUGGCGCAUGCUGUUGUGUUUUGGCCACAUGAGAGAGAGAUGCGUUGUUGUUUUUUUAGAAACGUUAUAUGCUGCUAUUAUAUUAUUUUUCUGUUAUGGAGAAUACUAUGCUCAUUGUGAUGUUGCAGACAUGGCUUCAGACAUGGAUCUAACUUGAUUCAGCGUUGAUUCUUCCUCCUUUUUGCUGUCGUGUUGCAAGGUUUUAACGUUGAUGUUUCUGUAAAUAAAUUCUCUUUCAUUUGGCGAA